AAACUAAUUAGGAUUUAAAUCCUAAUUAAUUAUCUUUGCCACUCGACAGGCUGGCCCUUUUAUGACCCACAUAAUCCAAUUCACGCAUCAAGCUUUAACGGUAACAACUAUGAAGUGGUCCCACAGCACGUGUAGGACACCGAUCAUUGGGCAACGAGUCACCAUCAAUGAGCUGACUCAGUCCGAUCGUAUCCAAAAACAUUAAAAAAAUGUAUGAAAAGAGCCGAACAGAAUUUCGAUGAGCAACAAGAAGAAACCUAUUUCCUUAAGUGAUUCUUCUCAAAAGUUGCUCCGCGUGUCGUUCCUUCUCUUUUUCAACGAUCACUGAAAUUAUCGGCACAGGAGAUCUGCUUUUGUUUAUUAUUAUUUUGAUUUUUCCUUUGAUUAAUCAAUGGCGGAGGAGUUUGCGAAAUCGGUGGAGGACGGGUUGAAGUUAUUGAAGAGGAUAAAUAUGGGCAAAGAUAGUGCAGUGGCGGCUCCUAGGCCGCCACCGUCGAUGGAGAAGUUGUCCGCGUCUCUUCUCCCGGCGUCUCCGAUGGUUUAUGCUGUGAUAUCGAAUCCGGCCAUUGUGGACAACCCGGACAUACCUAGCUACCAGCCGCACGUGCACGGAAGGUGUGAUCCUCCUGCGUUGAUUCCUCUCCAGAUGAACGGGAUCGAACUGGAGGUUGAUUGCUACUUGGACACCGCGUUUGUCAGGGUUAGCGGAUCCUGGAGGGUCCAUUGCAUUAUGGGCAGCCGGAGCUGUCCGUGCCGGAUUGCCGUCCCUAUGGGCGAGCAGGGUUCAAUUCUAGGUGUUGAGGUGGAAAUUCCUCGAAAAUCAUAUUCCACUCAAUUAAUUGCAUGGGAUGAUAAAAAGGGCAUGGAGAAGGAAGCUCCAGCUGAAGACGGGGGAUUGCUGAAGCAGAAUGUUUUUACCUUAACAAUACCACAGGUUGACGGGGGUUCCAAUCUUUCACUUAGAUUGAGUUGGUCUCAGAAGCUUUCAUAUUCCGAUGGACAGUUCUCUUUGAAUGUUCCCUUCAAUUUUCCUGACUAUGUAUCACCUGCUGUAAAGAAACUUGCAAAAAGGGAAAAGAUACAGUUGAAUGUUAAUUUUGGCACAGGAACUGAGAUAUCAUGCAAGAUGAGUAGUCAUCCUUUGAAGGAAGUAAGACGCCAUGUAGGGAAAUUUGGUUUCUCAUUCGAAGCAGAUGUUCUCAAAUGGUCAAAUACCGACUUUACUUUCACAUAUGAUGUCUUGACAAGUCAUAUAUUUGGCGGUGUUCUUUUGCAAUCUCCACAUGUUCAAGAUGUUGAUCAAAGGGAGAUGUUCUGCGUGUAUCUGUUUCCUGGAAAUCAGUGGACUAAGAAGGUAUUUAAAAAGGAAGUGAUAUAUAUUAUCGAUAUAAGUGGAAGCAUGAACGAAGAGCUGCUUGAGCAUACAAAGAAUGCACUAUUUGCGGCCCUCUCUCAGCUGGAUUCGGAAGAUAGAUUUAACAUUAUAGCUUUUAACGGAGAGACUUAUCUAUUUUCAUCAUCAAUGGAGUCAGCUUCCAAUAAAACGGUAGAAAAUGCCAUUCAGUGGGUUAACAUGAACUUUAUUGCAGGGGGCACUACCAAUAUAAUGAUUCCAUUAAAGCAGGCGAUAGAGAUGUUAUCCGGUGGUCGUGGUUCAGUUCCUAUCAUAUUUCUUGUUACUGAUGGGACUGUUGAAGAUGAACGGCAGAUUUGUGAUUUUGUGAAAAGUCAACUAACAAGUGAAGGAUCAAUAAAUCCUCGUAUACACACUUUUGGAGUAGGUACAUACUGUAACCAUUAUUUCCUGCAAAUGCUUGCAAUGAUUAGCCGGGGACGACAUGAUGCUGCUUAUGAUGUAGAAUCAAUAGAGUUUCGAAUGCAGAAGUUUUUUGCCAGCACAUCAUCAGCCAUUGUUGGUGAUAUAGCCAUUGACCUAUUGGAAGACCUCAAUGGCGUGGAGGUGUACCCUCCGCAUAUUCCAGACCUCUCAUAUGAGAGACCUUUAAUUCUCUCUGGUAGAUAUCAAGGAAAAUUUUCUGACUCCAUUAAAGCUAAAGGUCUCCUAGCAGAUUUAAGUGCUUUUGCUAUAGACUUGAAGAUAGAAAAGGCAAAGGAAAUACCACUUGACAGGAUAUUUGCCAAGCAAUAUAUAGAUUUACUCACAGCUAAGGCCUGGCUCUCAGAAGACAAGAGACUUGAGGAGAAGGUUGCUAAGAUGAGCAUACAGACAGGCGUCGCUUCUGAGUACACCCGCAUGAUGCUACUCGAGACUGAUGGAACAAAGGCCAUGGAAUUAUCUGGGGUUAAAAAGGCAUCACUUAAAAAAGAUUCACUUGAAGAGAAUAAAGGCCAGAGGGCAAUAUUGCUGCGAAGCCUCUCAAUCGGGUUUGGCAACUUGACUGCAACAGUAGAAAAUGUUCCUCCUGGAUUUGAAGAGCCAAGAUUGCCGGAGGCUGCUGAAAUCUUCGUCAAGGCAGCUUCGAAUUGUUGUAAUAGUAUGUGCAACCGCUGCUGUUGCAUGUGCUGUAUCCAAUGUUGUUCCAAGAUGAAUGACCAGUGCGCAAUAGCAUUAACACAGCUCUGUGCUGCUCUAGCUUGUUUUGGUUGCUUUGAGUGCUGUUCAGCUAUAUGCUGUUCUGGAGGUGAUGGAGAUUGAAAAAACAAAACAAAUUUAUCAUUGUGGUGGUCAUACAGUAUAUAAAAUGAAUUAACAGUUGCUCAUCCAGCCAUGUGUUUUCUGACCCCUCCAUUCUUUCCUUACUGGCUAUAUAGUGCUAAAAAUGUUAGGGAUACCAGUCAUCUCAGCAAUUCAUCUUGUCCCUUGAUUGAUGUCAGUGUACAUAUCCACAAAAAUUGAUGAUUGAAUUAGAGAGUGACAUGUCAUGUAAAUCACUAGAAUGAUUGGAAUAUCAUUUACUGGAUCCCUCUUUGUAUAAAAUAUUGAUUUGACUA